AAUCAUCAAUAAAACCUCUACCAAGAGAAUACGCGGGAAGAGUUCAUCUGACUCAAGCGAGCACCAAAAGCACACACGAUUAAGUAGCAGAUACACAAUCCAGGUUUCUAACGAUGCAUUCCGCUUGUCCGAAGAAUCUGUCGCUCCGGGCGUUCUAUAAUUUGCAAUGCUUGAGACCCCAGGUACAUGCAACCAGCCAAAUGCUCUUGCCAUCAACUUGCUCCCCAGCUCCUUCAGUCCCUCACCAACACACUAGUCGGCAGCAACACUCGCUAGCCUCGUGCUUCGCUCUUCGUUCACAAAGUCGUCGCAAUUCUUCGCAGCUGGCUCGAGCGAUUGCGCCGCGCCCAGGUACUACGGCAGAGACCUAUGUCGCGUACGGAAUGACUCAGAAGCUCUUUGAGGCAUGUUCCAACCAAGCAGACUACAAAAUACCUCAAUUGUCUCAGAAGGGGGCACAGGUGCCUAAGACUAGCGCCGGAGAAGACUUGGGAGUAGGCGAAGGGUGGUGGUAUGAAGAAUUGGGCCUCGUUCCUACCUUUUCUACCUGGUCGCAGGUUACCUUUCUGCACAUGUACCUAUUGACGGUCCGACUGCGCGCAUUGCCAUCGCAUGAGAGCCUUCAAACCUACUCUCGACACCUGAUUGAUCAUUUCUCACAUAAUGCGGAACACCGCAUGGAUGUACUUCACGGCUUGUCAAGCCGUGGCAUUCGGAAUAAGUUCCUUAAGGACCUUUUCAUUCAAUGGCGCGGUGUUCUAGCGGCAUACGAUGAAGGCCUCAUCAAAGGAGAUGCUGUGUUGGGAGCUGCUGUUUGGAGAAACUUAUGGAAGGCGAACCACACUGCUCCCGACGGUAAUGAAUUGGACUGGUCGAAGAUAGCUCAGGUCGUCGCAUAUAUGCGAAGAGUGCUCUCUGAACUCUCUCAGGUGCCUGAAGCGGACUUGGUCUUUCAAUUAGAGCGCCAGAAGGGUGGAAGCCCGGGGAUUUUCUCCUAUUCCGAUGUUGACCAAAAAGUGGUCAUUAGCCAGCGGUGAUACUACGAUUAAGCGGCUCAUUCUCAGUGGUUUUUUACCCGCCCGUUGUUUCGCAUUCUAUAGUGUAUCAUAUCCUUCUGUCAUUAACAUACUUGGUUGACCAUUUUUGCAUACUUCGCUACCACUUCGAGGGCUAAUGAGCGUAGACGACCC